UUCUCAUGUCUUUAACUUUGAAGGCAUAGAUUCAUCAAUUAUCAGAGAUUUAAGGAGCUACAGAAGAAGAAAAGGGUUAUUUGAAGGCAUAAACAAUAAUCUAAGACCCUCACUUGUGAAUUGCAGCAGCAAUGGCUCAACUCGACCGCGUGCUCAGAUCAUAUGGUGACAAACCUAAAUCAGCUCCCAGCAGCCCCACUUUAGAACAUUUAUUCCGAGGAGGCGAAAGUUCAAAGUGGCCGCCAACAUCUUCACCUAGCUUUGGGAACCACCUUGACUAUGAAGAAGAUCAUUCCCACCAUCACAAGAAACCAUCAGUUCUGACAAAAAUGAAGGAGAGGGCCAAGAAGUUGCGACAUAGUCUUAGCAGGAAGAAGCAGAGUGAGGAUGGUAAUUCUACACCCUCUUGGGGUGUCAGCUUGGAUGACGAUGAAGACCUAGAAGAAGAUGCUGAAUACCUUGGAGCCCCAAUGUACGAGUCGGAGCUUGCUCCUGAGGGGUACAAAGAAACAGCUAGGCAUCAUCCCAGAUCAUUUCACGUGGUUUCUGAGAAACAUGUUUUGGCAAGCAGUGUCAAUCGUGGUGAUGAAGCAGAUAAGGAGAACCCUAGCAGCAUUCCAAACAAGACAAUAACUGAAACUGUGACUAAGACAUUAGCACCAACUUAUUCUACACUAUCGGAUGCAACCCAUACUAUUGCUUCAAAACUUCAAGGCAUCAGUGUUACAACCCUAGCAGAACCCCAAACCUUUGCAGGAGUAGCAUCCCCACUAGUUUGGUCAGCACCAGCUACUGCACAAAGCAAAAAUAAUGCUAUAAUGAGUACUGGUGAUCAUCAAAUAUGGGAUAAGGGUGUUUCAAUGAAGGAGUAUUUGAAGCAUAAAUUUGAGCCUGGGGAAGAUGAGAGAGCCCUUAAUUCUCAAGUGACAUCUCGUGGUGAUGAAGCAUAUAAGGAGAACCCUAGCAGCAUUCCAAACAAGAAAAUAACUGAAACUGUGACUGAGACAUUAGCACCAACUUAUUCUGCACUAUUGGAUGCAACCCAUACUAUUGCUUCAAAACUUCAAGGCAUCAGUGUUACAACCCUAGCAGAACCCCAAACCUUUCCAGGAGUAGCAUCUCCACGAGUUCGGUCAGCACCGGCUAGCAAAAAUAAUGCUAUAAUGAGUACUGGUGAUCAUCAAAUAUGUGAUAAGGGUGUUUCAAUGAAGGAGUAUUUGAAGCAGAAAUUUGAGCAUGGUGAAGAUGAGAGAGCCCUUAAUUCCCAAGUGACAUCUAAUGCAGUGAGUCCAAGGAAAAGUACCACUCCUGGGGAUAUAGGUGUGGUGGAGAAGGUGAGAGAAGCUGUAACUUCUUUGCUUCGGAACAAGGAGUCAUCCAAAUCCACAGCUACUAGUUCUGCCAAAGACUCAACAUUACACAUGCCAAUUUCCAUCCACGCGCAUUCGACUAAAAGCUCACCAGCACAGCUUCCGACGGUUUCCACCAAUUUACAGGAAGCUGUUGGGGAAGAAGAAAAUCGAGGAAGAAUACUCCAAGCCAAUUGAGAGAGAAAAUCAACUGUUAAAACAGAAACAUAUAAUUUUUGUGUGUAGUAUUUUUAGGAAUCAAUAAGUAGUUUGCAGAAAUAAUUUCCAGUACUGUUUGAAUAAGCACCAAGCAGUAUAUGUUGAUCACCAAUAAACUGUUUCUCAGCUCUAUAAAUUUGAAAGUGUUGAAAUCAACGCAACGAAAUGUGGACCUUUCCUAUUAAUGAAUGUACAUUUUUUAAAAUAAAGUCGUCGAGAGAGUUCAAAGAUACAUGUAUCAUUUUCAUGCCAAAUCAUUAAGGUUGGUUUUGAAAAUAUUUCGUAAAUUUGUGAAUAGUAAUAAAAUGAUUUGAGUUAAAA